ACCAACCAGAGAAAGCCAUGUGUGCACCCCUAACCAUUCGUAUGGGAUGCUGUGUGAUUGCAUGUCAGAGAAUUUUCAUUAUUUAAACAUAUACCAUCUGGUUUUCAAUGUUGAGGCCCUCGUUGAUUUUUCUAUUCUUACCUAUCUGCCUAAAAUGUGCCCAGUGAUAUCAGAUUAUCUAGCACCAGAAAUGAGUAAUAUUGCAGAGUUCCUAUGUAUGAACCAGUUAAUUUAUUUGGAAUUUCCAGGUGUUUAAUAGAAAUAUUAACUCAAGAAAACUGAUAGAGAGGACGAAGCUGGAAAGCACAGAGAUGUGAGCAGUGAAGAUACAAGUGAAAAACCAUGAGCCAAUGUCUUGGAAGAUUUGAAUUAUGGAUCUGCGCUAGUGAAAGCUGUUUAUAUGAGAGUGGAGUGGCUGAACUGUUUAUGUUUAAUUAGUGUCUGUGACCUUCGAUGAUGUGGCCGUGACUUUCACCCAGGAGGAGUGGGGGCAGCUGGACCUGGCCCAGAGGACCCUGUACCAGGAGGUGAUGCUAGAAAACUGUGGGCUCCUGGUGUCUCUGGGGUGUCCUGUUCCCAGACCUGAGCUGAUCUACCAGCUGGAGCACGGGCAGGAGCUGUGGACGGUGAAGAAAGACCUCUCCCAAAGCACCUGUGCAGGUGAUGAAGGGAACCCCAAGACCACAGGACCUACCACUUGUGAGCCAGCCCAGUCUGAGGGAGCCUCUCUCCAGGAACAGCUAGCACAAGGAGCCCCAGGGGACUCCCAGGUGGGCCAAACCAAGGAUCAGGAUGGGCCAUCGAAAAUGCAGGAAGGACACUUGAGACCAGAGAUAGACCCCCAGAGGGAGAAGCUGCCUGGGAAAGUGAGCCCUGAACACGAUGGUUUAGGGACAGCUGAUGGUGUAUGUUCAUGGAUUGUACAGGAGCCAGUCCCUCUGGGAGGUGCUGUUCUUGACCAUGACUCAUGUGGAUCAGGUAAAGAUCCCAUCAUUCAGGAAGAGGAAAAUAUCUUUAAAUGCAAUGAAUGCGGAAAAGUUUUUAACAAGAAACGCCUACUUGCUCGACAUGAGAGGAUUCACUCUGGAGUAAAGCCCUAUGAGUGCACAGAGUGUGGGAAAACAUUUAGUAAGAGCACUUACCUACUUCAACACCACAUGGUCCACACUGGGGAGAAGCCCUAUAAGUGCAUGGAAUGUGGAAAGGCCUUUAACCGCAAGUCACACCUUACACAACACCAGCGGAUUCACAGUGGAGAGAAGCCUUAUAAAUGCAAUGAAUGUGGAAAGGCCUUCACCCAUCGCUCCACUUUUGUCUUGCAUAACAGGAGCCACACAGGAGAAAAGCCCUUUGUGUGCAAAGAAUGUGGAAAAGCCUUCCGAGAUAGGCCAGGUUUCAUUCGACACUACAUCAUCCACAGUGGUGAGAAUCCCUAUGAAUGCUUUGAAUGUGGCAAGGUCUUCAAACACAGGUCAUACCUCAUGUGGCACCAGCAGACUCACACUGGGGAGAAGCCCUAUGAGUGCAGUGAGUGUGGGAAAGCCUUCUGUGAGAGCGCAGCCCUCAUUCACCACUAUGUCAUCCACACUGGGGAAAAGCCCUUUGAGUGCCUUGAGUGUGGGAAGGCCUUCAACCACAGGUCAUACCUCAAGAGGCACCAGCGGAUUCACACUGGGGAGAAGCCUUAUGUGUGCAGUGAAUGUGGGAAGGCCUUUACCCACUGCUCUACUUUUAUCUUGCAUAAAAGGGCCCACACUGGAGAGAAACCUUUUGAGUGCAAAGAAUGUGGGAAAGCCUUUAGCAAUCGGGCAGACCUCAUUCGACACUUUAGCAUCCACACUGGAGAGAAGCCCUAUGAGUGCAUGGAGUGUGGGAAGGCCUUUAACCGUCGGUCAGGCCUCACGAGGCACCAGCGGAUUCACAGUGGAGAGAAGCCCUAUGAAUGCCUCGAGUGCGGGAAGACCUUCUGCUGGAGCACAAACCUGAUUCGACACUCCAUUAUCCACACUGGAGAGAAGCCGUAUGAGUGCAGUGAGUGUGGAAAGGCCUUCAGUCGCAGCUCAUCUCUCACUCAGCAUCAGAGGGUUCAUUCUGGGAGAAACCCUGUCAGUGUAACAGAAGUGGGAAGACCCUUCACAGGUGGGCAAUCCUCGGUCCACCUCCAAGAACUCCUAUUGGGGAAAAACUUUUUGAAUGUAACCACUGAGGAAAAUCUUUUGCCAGAGGAAACAUCUUACUCAGAAUCUGAUCAUUCGUACCAAAGAGAAACCCCUCAGUUUUCUUCUCUGUGAGAAAACCUUCUAUUGGAGGAUAUCAGUUGUCAUCUAAAAAGUCAUAUUGGAAAUUGACCCAGCCUAGAGCCUUAUUCUCCAUCUGAGAAUUCAUCCAGGAGAGAGACGCAGAUGUUACUAUGCACUUAGGAAAUCCUUCAGCUACAUCGUUCUCCUUAGUUUACACUGCAGUGUUAUCUCAGGAAUUCUUUUUUAAAAAAGAAGGGAGAGACUUAGAAGAGAAAAUGAACUGCAAAUACAGUUUCUUUCAGACUUCAUUGCCAAGCCUAUGGCAGUCUGUCAUGGAUUCCUUAGUUUACCUGUAGGAGGAGACUUUUGUUUCAGAGGUAAAGGACCUAGACUCUUUAUGUGUUAUGUAUAUACAUUAAUUGCUGUCCAGUGUCAGGACAGGUCUGGAAACUUUCACCGAACGUCUUCUUCCUUCUAAAACAUUGUCUCUACUCUUAAGGAGCUUAAUUUGUGUGAGAAGUAUGAAGGCUUGAGCCGUCAAAUAUUUCCUUUAUAUUUGAGGAGAUAAAAAUACACAUAUGAAUGGGCAAAUUUUAUUGUACCAGUUAAAACUGUUUAAGGCUUUGAUUUUUAAAAAACAAACAUUUUCUCCAUGUGGUUUUAAAGACCUAAUACUCAGACUUUUUCUUGAUCUCGUUGUAUUAGUUUAUUUGAUUGCCAUAGCUAUGUGGUAAAUCUUUUAAUUGGAUAAAGCGAUUCGUCUCUCUUUAAUCUUCCUAUUUAAAAUUGAUGUAGCACUCCUAGUUACUUUGAAUUUCCAUAUAAAGUUUGAGUAAGCUUGUCUAUUUUUAGAAAAAAAUCUUUAUCAAAUUUUGAUAGAAAUUGAGUUAAAUUCAUAGAUCAAUUCUUUGAGAAUUGGCAUCUUUACUGUGUUGAGUCUUCCAAUUCAUGAACUUGGUAUGUCUCAACAUUUAUUUAAGUAUUACUUGAUUUAUUUCAUUACUGUUUUAUAAAUUUCAAUAAUAGGUCCUGUACAAUUUUUGUAAGAUUUAUAUCUAGGUUUUUUUUUGAGUGAUUAUAAAUGGCAUUGAUUUUUAAAAUUUCAGUUUUCACACAACUCUUUCGUAGUAUACAGAAAUAUAAUUAUUUUUUGGAUGUUAUUUUGGUGUCUUGCAACCUUGCUGAACUGUAGCCUUUUUUUUUAUUUGAUAGAAUGCUUGGGAUUUUCUACACAGAAAUAUCAUCUGCAAAUAGAGAUAGUUUUAUUUCUUUCUUUCCAUCCAUAUACUGUUUUUUUUCUUGUCUUACUGCACUGGCUGGAAUUUCCAAUAUGAUGUUCAAUAGUAGUAGUGAGAAAGGAUAUGCUUGCAUGGUUCCUGAUAUUAGGAGGAAAACAUUCAAUUUUUCAUUGUUAAGUAUGAUGUUAGUUGUAAGGUUUUCUUCGUAGAGGUUUCUUAUUAAGAAAGUUUCCCUCUAUUCCUAAUUUGCUGAGAUUUUUUUUGUUAUUGUGAAUGGGUGUUGAAUUUUGUCAAAUGCAUUUUCUCUUUCAAUUGAUAUGAUCAUGUUUUUUCUUUCGUAGCCUGUUUAUAUGAUGUGUUACAUUUAUUUGAAUUGUAAUGUUGAACUAGUUUUGUCUCCUUGAAAUAAGCCCCACUUGGUCAUGGAGUAUAAUUAUUUUUAUAUAUUAUAUUACAGUAUCCAGUAUGCUAGUAUUCUGUUGAGGAAGUUUUUCUCUAUUUCAUGAGUGAUAAUGAUACACAUUUUUCUUUCUUACUUUUGUUCAUUCUUUUUUUUGUAAUGUCAUUGUCUAGUUUGGUGUCUAAAUGAUACUAGCCUCCCAACAUAUGUUGGGAGGUGUUUUUUCUUCUAUUAUUUGGAAGACAGUGUGUAGAAUUGGUUUUAUUUUUUUUAAUGUUUGGUAACAUUCUCCAGUGAACCAUUUAGGCCUGGAGAUUUUUCUUUUGAAUGCUUUUUAUUAUGUAUUUAUUUUAUUUAAUAUGUAUAAAACUAUUCCGAGUAUCUGUUUCCUAUCUGAUGAAUUUUCAUAGUUUAUUCUUUUGUGGAAAUUGUUCCAUUUCAUCUAAAUUUUCUUAUUUGUUUUAAGUAUUCCUUUAUUGUCCUUUCAUACUUAUAUCCCCUGUUUUAUUCCUGAUUUUGGAAAUGUGUCCUCUCUUUUUUAUUUUUGUCAGUCUUUUGAGACAUUUAUCAAUUUUAUUCAUCAUUUUAAAGAACCAGCACUUUAUAUUGUUUUUUUCUCUGUUAUCUUUCUGUUCCUAAUUUCACUGAUUUCUGUUGUGAUCUUUUUUUUUUUUUUUAAUCCUUCCACCAUGCUAUGUUCUCUUUUUAUUUUUAAUUUUUUCUUUUUUUGAGGAAGAUUGGCCGGGAGCUAACAUCUGUUGCCAAUCUUGCCUCUUUUUUCAGUUUUUCUCCCCAAAGCCCCAGUAGAUAAUUGUAUGUCAUAGUUGUACAUGCUUCUAGUUGCUUUAUGUGGGACUCCACCUCAGCAUGGCUUGAUGAGUGGUGCAUAGGUCUGCCCCCAGGAUCCGAACUGGCAAAUCCCAGGCCGCGAAGCAGAGCGUGCAAACGUAACCGCUAUGCCACCGGCCCGGCCCCUGUUCUGAUCUUUCUUAUAUUCUUUGUUCUACUUGUUUUGGUUGUAUUUCACUCUGUAGUUUCUUGAGAUGGUUGCUUAGAUUAUUGAUUUGAGGUUUUUUAUUUUUCUAGUUUAAGCAUUAAGUUCUAUAAAUUUUCCUCACAGCACUGUUUUAGCUUCAUCUCACAAGUUUUAAUACCUUUUAAUUAUAUUUGAUUCAGUUCUAAAUAUUUUUUUAUUUGAGACUUCCUCUCUAACCCAUGGAUUAUUUAGGAUUGUGUGUUUUAAUUUCCUACUGUUUAGAGUAUCUCAUUCUCUCUCUUUGUUAUUGAUUUCCAGUUUGUUUUACGUUUGAUCCAGCUAUUUAAAUUUGUUGAGAUUUGUUUUAUGACCUAGGAUAUGGUCUACUUUGAUGAAUGUUCUGUAAGCCUGCUUGAAAAGAAUGUGUAUUCUACUGUCAUUGGGUGGUGUUUGUAUAAAUGUCUACUUGAUCGUGUUGGUUGGUGAUGUUAUUCAGAUUUUGUAUAUCCUUGCUGAUUUUCUGGCUAGUAUUUCUAUCAAUAGCUGAGAGAGAGGGUGUUGAAGUCCUGCCUAUAAUUCUGGAAUUAUCUGUUCCUCCUUUAAGCUCUAUCAGUUUGUGUUUCAUGUAUUUCAAAGCUCUGUUGUUUGGUGCCUAGACAUUUAGGAUUGCUAUGUCACCUUGGUGUGUUGACCCUUUUAUCUUUAUGUAAUAUCCCUUUUUGCCCCUGUAAAUUUUCUCUUCUUUGAGGUAUACUUUAUCUGAUAUUAAUAUAGUCACUACUGCAUUUCUCGUUAAUGUUUGCAUGGUUUAUAUUUUCCCAUAAUUUUAUUUUCAACCUUAUUUAUAUUGUUACAUUUGAAGUAAGUUUCCGUGAAUAGCAUAUAUUCAGGUCAUGUUUGCUUUUUAUUAAUUUUACCAAUUUCUGUUUUUCAGUUGGUAUAUUUAGACCAUUUACACUUAAUUUUUGAUAUGUUAGGGCUUAAGUCUGCCAUUUUGUGAUUUUUGUGUUUGUUCCCUGUUUAUCGUUCCUCUUAUUGUUAUUUUUUUACCUUCCUGUGGGUUACUUUAAUUUUUAUAAUUCCAUUUGAUAUGUGUAUGAUGUUUUUGAGUAUAUUUCUUUGUAGUUUAGUGGUUACUCUAGGUAUUGUGUUGUACACACAUAACUUAUCACAGCAUACGGUAUCAACAUUUUAGCACUUUGACAUGUAGAAACUACUUCUUUUGGCUCCUUUUACAUUCCCCAGUCUUAAGUAUUUCCUCUUCAUACACGAGCACCAUAUUGGAUGAUAUCCUCAUUUUUGCUUCAACUGUCAAACGUUUUUUACAAAUCUCAUGAGAAGAAUAGUUUACCCCUACUUUUACCCAUUCCAUUGUUCUUUCUUCCUUGUUGAAAUCCCAAGAUUUCUUCUGUUAACAUUUCCUUUCUUUUUUGUGAACUCCUAUAGUCUUUCUUCUAGGGUAGGUCUUCUGAGCAGAUAUUUUUGUUUUCCUUCAUCUAAAAAUGGCUUUAUGUCCCUUCAUUCCUGAAAGAUAUUUUUGUGGGAUGUAGGAUUUGGGGUCAGCAGUUUUUUCUUUUAGUACUUGAAAAGCAUGUCAUUUCCUUCUGUCCUUUUUGGUUUCAAAUGGGAAAUCUACUGCAUUUGACCCAUUGUUCUCCUAUCUGUAACGCAUCCUUUCUGGCAAGCUGCUUUCAAAGUGUUUUUUCUUUGUAUAUAGAGUUCAGAAGUUUGAUUAUGAUGUAACCUGGUGUGAAUUUUGGGGGUUUGUCCUGUUUAGUGUUUGCUCAGCUUUUUGAAUCUGUUAGUGUAUGCCCAUUGCCAAAUUUGGGAAAUUUUGAGUUAUUAGUUCUUCAAAUAUUUUUUCAGCUCCACACUUUCUCCUCCCUUUCAGGGACUCCAAUAACAUGAAUGGUAGAUCUUUUGUUGUUGUUCCACAGGUCCCUCAGGCUCACAUCUUUUUCCCCCCCAGUCUAUUUUCUCUCUUUUGCUCAGAUUGAUUAAUUUCCAUUGAUUUUUCUUUGAGCUCACUGAUUCUUUUCUCUCUCAUAUUUAAUCUAGUAUUGAGCUCACCCACUGAGUUUCCCUUUUGGUUUUUGAAUUUUUCAAUUAUUUAAUUUCCAUUUGGUUUUUUUAUACAUUUUCUGUUUCUUUGCCUAGUUUAUAAUUCCAAAAAGGACUCUGAGAAAACAAACAAAACUGUGUAGUCCAAAGUCAUGGUUCUCUGGUGGUUUAUCUUGAUGUUGGAAUAGAAAUCCUAAACUAUCUGGAGGAAUGGAAGGCCUGCAGUCUUCUAUGUUGGUAUCCAUAAAUAUUUCUACUAACAAAUCUAAUAACUGAGGAUGAUCCACAGAUUGUUCAGUUAUGUUCUCCAGGAAAUAUUUGUGUGUACAAUUCCCCAGCUCUUUAAACCUGUUCUAGCCUCAAAGGAGAAGGGGUCACUCCUCUUCCAGGAUCACUCUUCCUGUUUGUGGUUUAACAGAUUUUCCCCACUCUUCAAUUCUCUAGGACCUCUUUCUUUUACACUCCUACUGCUAGGUCUUUAACAUUUUCGUUUUAAGCUCCUUCUAUCCUCAUAAUCUAUACCUGUGUUCAUGUCUCUAGUCUCACCCCCAGUCACUUUCUGCCCCACAAGCCCAUUGAGCUCUGUCUUUCUCCUUUCUCUCACAGACACACCCUGUCUAACUGUUCUGUCCACCAUCUGUCCCCACCUCCUCACUCCCUCUCACCCCACUGACAACUAAAGAAUGGCCUCUACCACUAUCACCUGACUUAAGUUGGUCUCACAAAGUUCCCUUUUGCGCCCCCACCUGUCCUCCCAAAUCUGUUAUUGGACCUUUUUACUGCUGCCCACAUCUCUGACUUGAAGAUCCUGUCCUGGUUUCUUUCUCCUGCCUUUCUCCUAAAGAGAGCCUGUGUCUUCCUUCCAUCUAUUAAAUAAUUCUGCUUCCCAGGAUCCAUCCUUGGUCAUUGCUUUCUCACUUGUGAUAUAUGGCAUGAGUGAGUUAAUUCCCUCUCAAGGCAUUUUACUCUCAGUGAUCUACAGAGUUCCCCAAAUCCAUCUCUCCAGGUUGAGUGUUUCUCAUGUCUGUUACUCACUUGUCAUCCUUCCACACCUUCUCUGUAUUCAUAUUCACUGAGUUUAUGCACAUGUCACGUGGCCAUGGCCAUUGCCAUGAGGAUGCACCCAUAAUAAUCAUAAGAGCAAGCAAGCAUAUAUCGUAUUACUAUGUAUCAGCCAUUGUUUUGAAUAUUUUACGCACAUCAAUUCUUUUAACCUUUGCAGCAAAUCUUUGAGGUAGGUAAUGUUAUCUCCAUUUUACAGAUCAGAAAACUGAGGCACAGAAAGGUUAGGGAAUUUGCCAAGGAAUUAGGAAGUGUGAGAUUAGAGAUUGGAGGCCAGUUAGGCUGGCUUCAGAAUCUAUGCCCUUAUCAGUUUCCUAUAUUGGUUCUCAUAGGAUGAGUCUUUGUUUUUCUGGUCACCAUUCAUUUUUACUAAAAUGGAUCAAAUAAUGCUCGUUUAGCUAUAACCCCUCUUUCUCAUUUGACAAUAUAUCUUGGCCAUCCUCUUAGGUUGAGUGAGAUAAACCAAACUCUCUUUAAUGGCUGCAUAACCUGUUGUAACUGUGUAGAAAAUACAGAUAAUCUCUGGGUUUGAGGUGGUGGGGAGAGAGAGAACUGCCAAGGUAGGCAUUUGGUUUUCGGCAUUGUGUUUGAGGUGCCUGAAGAACAUCUUAGUGAAUCCCACUAUCUUCUGCCGUGUUGCCCAAGCCAGACAACUCACAGCCAUUUUUCUUUCAUCAUCCCUGCAUCCAGCCGCUGUCUGAUCUGUUCGUUUUACUUUUUUAUUUUCCUUAGUAGACAUUCAGUGUAUGUGUGUUUUAGUGAAUGGCUACACACAGCAGGGUAUUUUUAUUACAAUGUUUGGGUCCUCAGAGUGUUUACACAAAGCUGUGAAUAUAGUUGGCACAGUAUAUGACAUAUGUUGACUUCGAAGAGACUCUACAUGGGCUUUUAUGGUCAGAUCUAUAAGACUUUAAAAGUCAUAAUGAAUGAUUGUGUUGGAGGUCCUCAAGACCACCCCAAGUUUGAUGAUUUACUAGGAAGACUCAAAGGACUCAGCAUAUUAUCAUACUCAAUGACUAUGACUUAUUACAGCAUAAAGAAUAGAGAGCAAACUCAGCCAAGGGAAAAGGCACAAAGACUGAAGUCCAGAGGAAACCAGAGACACGUUUCAGGAGUCCUGAGUGUUUAAUUUAAGCUCCAUCAGUGAGUUAUGACAGCAUAUCUGAAAUGUCUACUAGGGAAGCUCAUUAGAAACUCAGUGCCCAGAGUUUUUAUUGGGCUCUCUUUGUCUAGAACAUAACCAAAAUUCUACAUCUCCGGAAUGAUAGCAGGUCACCAGCAUAAGCCACAUUGUUUACACAAACAAUAGGCACACUGAGCCGUUCAUCAUUUCUGGGUAUGAUGGAAACCUCCCGAAAUGUAAGCUUCCCAACUCCAGCCAAGUGCAAACUUUGAAGCUCAAAGGAUGGCAGUCUAAGGCCUGCUACCUUAACUCUUCUUCACAGUGAGUUAAAUGGUACUAAACUGUUGAGUAAGCUCAAAUAUGUUUAACAAAUAUUAAACAAAUACAGUUUGCUACAACAAAAAAUGUCAUAGCUUUGAGGUAAAGGCUUAUAUAUAUAUAAACAAUUGUAACUAAAACAAUCGGUUAAAUCACAGACAGGAUUUAAUUUAGUAAUGACAAGUACAGAGAAUAUCUGAUGAGAAAGGAUGUUCCCUCUCUCAGUAUCUAUAUAGAUAUGUCUUCAAGUGAUUUGACUUGCAAAUAUUCCCUUUGUUUGCCUUUAUUUCUAUAAAGAUGUAAUGGCCAGGUGAAUGCUGUGUAUUUCCAUUGCACAUAUGUCAAUUAUUUCUCAUCUACUGUUUUGUUCCCACUAUUGAAACUUGUAGCCUUUGGCUUCAACAAAAAGAAAAUUAAAGAAUAUGGAAUCAUAAUAAUACCUGCAUCUUUAAACUUGCGUAACUUGAGACUAAAGAGUGUGUUGU